AUGUCGGCCGCCACAAGCGUGCCCGCGACGGCGCCAGAACCAGCAUCAGCACCAGCAGAGCCGUCUGCCACUGAUUUGCCACCAGUGCCCGCGCCAGCCGACCAAGAAGCGAGCCACGAGGAAACUACCCUCGAGCUUGAUACUGCGACCCCCUCGGACAGCGACGCAGACUCGGCCUUCGACGGCGGAUCCACCGCGAGCACCUCGCUGGCCUCGUCCAUCCUCAACUACGAAUAUUCAAACGGUCGUCGAUACCAUGGCUACCGUAGCGGCGCGUACGUUCUACCCAACGAUGAAGACGAACAAGACCGUCUCGACCUACUGCAUCACAUCUUCCUGAUGCUGCUCGACGGGAAGCUAUACGCUUCGCCAACUGGUUCGGCUCCUGGGAGAGUGUUGGACAUAGGGACUGGGACUGGCAUAUGGGCGUUGGAUUUUGGCGACGAGAAUCCCGGCUCAGAAGUAGUCGGCACCGAUCUGUCGCCCAUCCAGCCCAGCUGGGUGCCCCCGAACGUAAAGUUCUAUAUCGAUGACGCGGAAAGCGAGUGGGUGUACAGUCCGCACGAGCGUUUCGAUCUGAUACAUGCGCGGGGGUUGUCGGGCGCCAUCAACGACUGGGAGAAGCUGUGCGCGCAGUGCUAUGACAAUCUCCAGCCGGGGGGAUGGCUCGAGUUCCAGGAGCCGAUGGCGUGGGUAGAGAGCGACGAUGAUACAAUAGAGCGCGCCCAUAAUCUGCGACAGUGGCAGCAGUUGUGCAAUGACGGGGCAGCGCAAUUCGGGAAGGUCAUCAAAGUAGGACAUCUGCUUAAAGAUCGACUGUUGAAUGCAGGCUUUGUCGAUGUCCACGAGAAAGUAGUAAAGGUUCCUAUCGGGCCAUGGCCGAAGGAUCCAAAGAUGAAGGAGAUUGGCCGGUACCAACGGGAGCACAUGGCGAUAGGUAUUGAGCCAUACACCCUGGGCUUUCUCGGGAAAGUGCUCGGCUGGAGCGAAGCAGAGUGCAAGAUCAUGAUUGCGAAAGUGCGAGAAGAAGUGCGGGACAAAAGCUUGCACAUGUACAUCCGCUUCUACUUCGUCUAUGGGCGAAAGCCAGAGAGCGCAGUGCACUGA